AUGGUCGUAGCUCCCAUGAAUUUUCUUCGUUUGGCCAUCAAAUUAAGGACCAGUACGGUCGCAUCCUUGGGAUUGUUUGAAAGGGGAAAGGGAGAUAAGGUUGCUUUAAACUUUGGGGUCGUGGAGACUAUGUUCAUUGUUCAAUUGCUCAGUACCUCCACCACUCGUACUGGUGAGCGACUUGCCCCGAGUGAAGGGGAUUUUCCGGCAGCAAUUCUGAAAUCUGAGGAAACCGAGUGCCGAAAGGCAAUUGGUGUGCUGUUCAUUGAUGUUGCUGCUAACCUAGAAAGCAAAAGUACAGUCUCUGAUUUGGGGAAGGGAAUGGUGAUGGUUGCAUGGGACUCCGUAGCUGGUUUGAUCGACCAUAUCAUCUUGAGGCUACAGGCUACAGUAAUAAUAUACUUUGACCAGUUCCCCGGUUUUCCGCAUACUGUUAACUCGAAGAAGUAG